UGUGUGUCCUGACGAGUGACAACGGUCGGGUGCUUGGGCUUCCUCAGAAUCCUCACUCACCACAUCCCUCAGGCAGCGAGAAGACCAGCGUCGGUCUUGUGCUGGAAGUGCCAUCAUCACAGGAUCCGGCAUUUCUUGACCCUGUUUACGCCAAAUGAGGAGAAGAAGCCAGACCGUACCCUCACAAUACGAGUCACGGGCUGCCUACUCCGAAGGCGCCAUCUAAACGAUCUCGAAGGGGAACGAAAGCCACGAUUGCCGCAUGCUGGCCUGACGGGGAUAUCGUGGAGACGACUAGGACGAGGAUUCCGAGCGGGAAGUAACAGAGAUGUCGGGAAUGAUAAGGGAGUCGAGCUUCAUGCCGACAAUAAAAUGUUCGACAUGUGGAUUACAAGUCGAAAUCUCCUUGAUGGGAGAGCACGAGUGCGGAGGGCCGGGCCCAGAGCUAACGCCGCCAUCGUCAUUCGACCAGUUCCAACCCGAGAAGCUGGGUCGGAUGAUGCCGCCGCGGGUAGACACAUCUGCUGCUAACCGAUCCUACAUGGGACAAGGGCAGCAGCUCACACCCGUGAGUCUGUCGAGCGGCUCCAUUAGCGUCUCACCGAGGACGCCAAAUGGACGGCCAGGAGCCGGAAGGACAGAUGACUACAUGCCCCAAAUUGCAAACGAUUCGCCCCCAGGACCGCAGACGAGGCGACCUGGCGGAUAUGGAUCCUUCGAAGACAGCUAUGACGUGGACCCCAUGUUCGCCCCAAGCAGCGAGAAAAAACAAGCGCCAAACCUUUUGCAGCGAAUGGACUCGAUUGCUCCGGGCCCCUUCAACGCCGGACGACGACCUUCGACGAGGAAUGGGGUCCCAGCGAGGAACUCCCCCGAAGACUCGAUGAAUGAGGUCUUUAUUAUGGAUCGUCCUGGCACUGCCACGUCCAAUGGCAGCAGCGGCUAUGGAAGUUUGAGGGCACCAAGGGUGCAGAGGAAAAACGAUUACGGUGGUUUCGGCCCGCCCCAACGAGCUCAACAAGAUUUGGAGUCCGAGAGGUUCGGCAUGAAUCGGGCUGAUACCUUCCCUACCCCAAGCCAGAUCAUGGAUGCUCCAGCGCGGACACCAUCAGCCCCUGGUCCUCGGCCGGAUAGGCUCCGCAAACCAUCAAAUGACUCUGCUGGGCGGACACCAAUGACAUCGGAGAGAUUGCGGCGGCCGAGCAGGGAUCCGGACACAUCAAGACCUCCGCCUCCUCGGGCAAGUCUCAUGCGUCCAAGAACCGCCGGCCAAGCAGAUAGUCCCGCCAUCCCCUCGAUCAACCUCGCGACGGAAUUUGGCGUCGGCAACCCCUACCAUACUCCCUCUGAUUCUAUGUCUUCGAGCCUCUCGGGAUACAGCCAGUCGGCGGUGUCGACCCAGCCAAGCUCCCGAUCGAGUCCCUCACGCUCCUUGAGGUCUAGGCCUGACCGGAAGCCGUCGGACACGUCGAAAUUCGAUAACCUCAUGUCCGAUCUCCAAUCAUCCAUGGACGAACUCAAAUCCAAGGAUUCGCGGACCCCCGCCACCACGCGCCCUCGCUUCGAUAACCCCUUUACCAUGUCCUCCUUAUCCGCUCGACCGCCGCCACCCUCGCGAGGAUACGAUCCCCGUAUUGACCCUGCCGUGCAGAACCCUCGCGAGGGGCGGUCCAGAUCACCUCUGGCCUCUCCCGCCGAAGCCACCUUCCAGGACACUACCGUCCAAGGAAGCAGCGACAGGGACCCAUCCCCGCGGUCCCGCGUGGGCCGCUCUCCUCCCCGCUUCACCCCGUCCCCCGACCGGGGCAAGCCGCGGUCCCGCUCGCGCUCGCGAGCACGCGACCCGUUCGCGCAGCCGCCCAGCCGCGGCGACUGCAAGUCGUGCGGGCUCGCGAUCACGGGCAAGUCCAUCUCGAGCGCCGACGGCCGCCUGACGGGGCGGUACCACAAGGCGUGCUUCGUGUGCACCACCUGCCAGGAGGCCUUCUCGUCGGCGACCUUCUACGUCCUCGGCGACAAGCCGUACUGCGAGCUGCACUACCACGAGCUGAACGGCAGCCUCUGCGGCAGCUGUGGCGGCGGCAUCGAGGGCCAGUACCUCGAGGACGAGGCCACCAAGAAGCACCACCCCAGCUGCUUCCGGUGCGGCGACUGCGGCAUCGUGCUGAAGGACGGGUACUUCGAGGUCAACGGCAAGGCGUUCUGCGAGAAGGAUGCGUGGAGGCGCGUCCAGCAGCCUUUGUUGCCCGGCGGUGGUGGCCCGCGGAAGGGCUCGAUUGGUCCAGGUGUCGGACUCGGGCCUGGACUCGGGCCUGCACCCAGCCCCAGCCCUUUCCGCGGAUCCAGUCGCGGAUCCAGUCCCGGCCCUGCCAUGGGCCUCCCCUCCGGUCCCGUCAUGGGCCUCCCCUCGCGUCCCGGCGGCGGACCCCGCAGCGGCGGCUUCGCUGGCGGCUUCGGCUUACCCAGCAGCACCCGACUGGGCCCGGGCGCUUUUGGCCCGCGGCCGAGGAUGGAGAAGCGGAUGACGAGACUGGGGAUUAUGUGAUGAUGCGGCCGCGACAUUGCACGACCUACGAUACCCUCACGCGCCCUCAUCGAACCGAUUAAUUGCCGAUUUCGCGGCGUAUUUUUUCACUUCUCAACGAAUCUUCUUUUUUUUGGUAUCACCUCGACUGUACGCCCUCCAUUUUGUAAUACCAUGCCGCUACAUACCACACCGGAGCUGCCCCGGUCUUAUGACAUUUGCGACUGUUUAUUAUGUAACCGAGGGGAGUUUGUGCGAUUCGCGGAGGGCACUUUGUUUCACCCUUUAUACCCGUUGAUGACGUUUUCUC